GUAUCAGAGCUCUACCAGAUAUGUCGCUUGAUCUUCUGCACCACCGCCACUCACCUGCCCACCAUCCACUCCCCACCUCCAAGCUGCAUGGAUCCCUUACCUUCCUGCUGACAGCAUGGUGGAUUCCACCUGUGCCUUCUACUCCCCCUCCCCUCCCACAGGUACCAGAGCUCUACCAGAUGUCGCUCGACUUCUUCCGCACCACGGCCAGCAACCUGCCCACCAUCCACGCACUCGCAGCUGCAGCCGCGCCUGGAGGCACGGCGGGAGCGAGUGAGGCAGUGGAGGGGGAGGUGCAGCAGCUGGAGCGUGUGUGUGCCAGCAACGCCACGGCGCUCUUUGUGGCUCACAGGGCGGGGGCAGGGUCGGUGCUCAAGGCAUCUUUUGAGUUCGCUGCACAUCCUUUCUUCCCUGUAGUCACUCUCAAGCGUGCUUAG